UUGGCCACUUGUACUGCAGUUGCUAAUCUUGAAAUCCUGUCAUCCACAGCCCGCUCUGUAUUGAAGAGUUUGAUCUCUCUGAUAAAAACUUCAAGCCAUGCCCUUGUGGCUACCAGUGAAGAAGGCCGUUGCCCAAAUUGCAGACGCGUUUAUGACGAAAGCAGCAUUCAAUACCGUGUCCCAGAUGUUGAUGAGUUCAAAGCAGACUUGGCCCUAAAACAUCGAAAAGCCGCUGCCGCCAAACGAAAGGAGGCUGAAAAACGAGAAAUCGAAGCCUCAAGUAGGAAAAACUUGGCUGGUGUCCGGGUGGUUCAGAAGAACCUCGUCUAUGUUAUCGGGCUCAAUCCUACAAUCCGGGACGAAAAUUUACUAUUACAAACGCUCCGGGGUGACCAAUAUUUUGGCCAGUAUGGCGAUAUUGACAAAAUAGUUCUCAGCAAGGCGAAGCCGGGUGGCAACCCAAACCAAGGUAUCGGUGUCUACGUGACCUUUGCGAGGAAGAUAGAUGCGGCUACAUGUAUUGCGGCAGUUGAUGGCUCACCUAACGGUGACAGGGUUUUACGUCGACAAGACCUUUUAUCCAUGAAUUCAAUUUCUUCGCAAAGAUACCCAUCGAACGGAUCGUCCUCCGCGAUCUCACAAGCUCCAAACCAACCCACCCAGCGUCCAUCCCCUGCGAUUAGCCAUGCUAGGGCCGUUAAUGCUCCAAAUACCCAGUGGCCCGCUGUCAAGGACGACGGCGGAGUGCGCUCUUCGAGUACGGAUUCAUCCGCUCUUCCUUCGUCUGCAAGCUGGGCGAAUAGAGAUUCCUUGGCUCAGAGAACUAGGAGGGAGAGUAUAGCGGCGAGUCGAUCAUCUCCUAGCCCUAAGCCGACGAACGAACAAUUGGCUUCUCGACCCGUAAACGGCUAUGGAAAAGAUUCUCAACGAACAGCGGAACAACUGAACACUACCUCGGACUCGGCUGGUCCCAGUGAACAGUCGAAUACAGCACGCCGACCAGAAUCUCCGUCUCCCACCAUGAUUUUCGAUAAGCUAGUAAAAGCUGUCAAUUCACCGGAGUUUCGAUUUCACUUCUCAACUGAAGCUGUCCCAGACAACGAGUUGGUAUUUAUCGAGAACCAUCCGUCCCUAAUAGACCCGUACGGAGGCGUCAAACGCCGGGCCAUGCGUGAGAAAGCUGAGCAAGAGCGAGCAAAACAUGCCCUCGAUGGGAAACUUCAAGUCCCAGCCGAAGAAGAGAACCUUGAAAGCGGGAGUUCACAGCUAGGUGGUGAACCAGAGGAUGUCCAUGGUGGCGUUGGUGUUCCCGGGCGACAUCAAAGAGAACCACAAUCUGCUAUCCAGCCUCCUUCUCAACAGGCAACGGACAACAACUCGGUUGUGGGGUCCCCGGUUCCAAACAGCCAUCAGUUCCAAAACAUCAAUGUCAAUGCCCGAAAUCUUUCCCAGCUUCAACAGCAGCAACUCAUGCUACUCAAGUCUGCUGGGGGCCAGCAGCAUAACAUUAUGGAUCUCCAAGCCAAUACCGCGUCUGGCACCUUUGAUCAAAAUGCCCGAACCUUCCAGAACCAGAUGGCUGGAUUGAAUAAUAUACCCGGUCAUACAAGGCAGUCUUCGCGGUUUUCAUUUGCCUAUGAUGUUAAUUCCAAAAACCCCAGUGGCAGACUUGUUGGUUCUCAGGGUCCUAUGAUGCAAUCAUCCAGCCCCAAUCCUCUUUCAAUCCCUACUACACAACACAAUCUUGGCAAUCAAUACUUUGUUAGCGGUAUUCAAGGCCCGCCACCAGGAUUGAAGAGUGCCGGUACUCCUCCAGUUAGUGGUGGCGGCAUGUUUGCCCAGGGCCAUGGUUUCACCAGCACGAUGAACAAUAACCUUGGGCUCGGUACCAAACAAGAUGGAAAUGCUGAUUUGAUGCGUGAAAUUAUUCGUGCCAGGGGCACUGCAGGCGGGAAUGUCCAGUCCCAUGAUGCAACAAAGCGUGAGUUCCUGUUUCCUUUACUCCAACAAAAUAGCACACCCCCUCCUCUGGCUCCCGUUUCAGGCCUUUUGAACCCGCUCUAUGGCCAGCAGCUUGGUCUAUAUCAAGAUCAAGUGCCACAGAAGCAGAAAAAGAGGGGAAAGAAGCAUAGACAUGCUAACACUUCCUCCGGCGGAGGCGGUGUAGUAGAUCUUGCAGACCCGAGUAUUUUGCAGGCGAGGAUGCACCAAGGUGGCGCCAAUGCUGCCGCUGGGCAGGGGCUGUACGGGAGUCAGGGUCAAGGUGGGUACAACCAUUCCAAUAUGGUGUACAGUGGAGGGUUUGGAAGGUGGUAA